AUUAGAAGUAUCUCUGCUCUGGUCGACAGUUUUGACCGAUUUCCAUAUUCUGAAUUGAUAAUGCUCAACGCUGAAUUUGGCAGUGUUUUCCAUACUGAAAGCUGCCAGAAAGCUGAAUUCAGUUUGUUGGUUACAUGAAAGUUGCAUUCGGUUGUCCAUGCGCUGAAAUUUUUGGAAAUAGAUUAUGGAAGACUGCUUGGAUAAAGAAAAUGACUCUCGACAAGCUCCAACAAUUUUGCAGUCUAAACCAACAGGUGUCAAGAAACAGAGAAGUAAGCAUAAAGUAUUAAGCCAGCCUGUUCAGUGUGGAAACAACAAGCAAGCUGUCAUAAAGUCUGGAACAAAAUCUGGUUCCCAAAAUCUGCCUAAUGCGGCUCAACCAAGACAGAAAAGAAAAGCAGGCCAUAUCACUAAAGAAGAGAAAGAUUUCAAGAAAUUGAUCUUUGAGCUAGCCUAUGCAGGAAGCGUUGAGGUUGUGAAGAAGCUGUCGGACAUGAAUGAUCUCUUUAGCGCGAUGGUAAGGAGCAAAUUGCUAGAUCUCAAUGAAUACCACUUGGUGCUUAAAAUUGUGGCUAAAGUGUGCAAGUCUGACUGUGAAAUGAACAAGUUGAAGAUCAUUAAUCAGUUCUGCAAUCCAGACUUUCUGAAUCAAUUUCCAAUUAUGCUUGCGAGUGCUUUUUCUGAGGACAAAUCUGAACUCGGCUGCCAGAUGGCCGAAGACAUUCUUAGGUUCUUUUGCUCUUUGGUCAGGAUGCUGCCUACACGUGCUGCGGAUCAAAUACCUACUGCGCAGAUUUGCUACUUUCUGCUCUUGGAGAUAGGUGGAGAAAAGCAAGGUCUAGUUUCACCUGAACUGUUGCACGAGUAUGAAACUGUGACAAAGGCCAUGGAAGCACUAAAAUCACUGACUGCUUUACAACCGAAUUGGCUUGACCAUCGGCAAAAGGGAGUAGGCGAAGAACCUCCGGGAGACUUUCGGGAAUUGAGCAUAUACCCUAAUUACGAGGAUGUGAUUUGUGCGAAGCCUCCCUUUCUCAGACACAACAUCGUCACAGGUCCUUACAGAGACGUGGAGCACUAUUUGGACAUUCAAUUCAGGCUCUUGAGAGAAGAUUUUGUACGCUCUCUACGAAUUGGUGUUCAGGACAUUUUGCAGGAUCCUGGAACAACCAAGUAUAGAGCCUCUUCGUCUUCGAUCAGGAUACAGAAGGGUGUGAAAUUUGAAAAAUACAUCCGAGAAGUUAACAAGGAAACUGGAAGAGUUAUAAAUGAAGGGUCUCUUUUGUGCCUAAAAGACAGGCUCUCUUACCACGAUUGGAAGACAUCCAAGAGGUUCAUGUGCGGCGCCCUCCUCUGUUUCACCAAGGAUCAUUUCAGCACGCUUCUCUUUGCUGUUGUCAGCUGUCGAGAUGGGACAUAUACCAAGAAGAACCAAAUCCUAGUGAAAUUUCAUGAACUUCCAGAGGAAAAUAUCUAUGACCGUGACGUGGCGUACACCAUGGUUGAAUGUGGGGUGUUCUUUGAACCCUACUUUCAGGUAAUGAAGGCUCUCAAAAGUUUGCACAAAGAGAAUUUUCCAUUCAUCAAGUACAUCAUUGAACUACAGCGGGAAGAUGAACCACCAAAAUAUUUGCUCGACCAGAAUGACCACGAAGGCAGUGGCACUCAUUUCGCUAAAGCGCGCAGAGAAAUGCCUGUUAGAAUUACAGCUUUAGGCACAGAGAAAGCACUGCAUGAAUUUGUGGUGUUGAAUGAGUCCACUUGGCCCACUGCAAAACAGCUUGGACUGGAUAAUUCGCAGUAUCAAGCUUUGAAAGCUGCUCUAACGAGGGAACUUGCCGUGAUCCAAGGUCCUCCUGGCACUGGGAAAACUUUCAUGGCUUUAAAAAUUGCUGAAAUCUUGAUUUGCAACAAGAGAGCAUUGGACAGACAUGCACCAAUUCUUGUAGUAUGUCUGACAAACCAUGCGUUGGACCAGUUCUUAGUUGGGAUGCUGCAAUUUACCAACGCACUCGUUCGGGUUGGAGGCCAGUCUAGAUGUGAGGCACUGGCUAGGUACAACAUGAGAAACAUGAAAGUGCGCUUCUCCGAUGAACUUUACGACAUGCAGUCGACCUUGACCUCUCUGCACCAUGAAUUGAUGUCACUUGAAAACACAAUUGGACACUUGCAAACGGCUGCAAGAGUACCUGGAGUGUGCAUUUCUUUGUCUGGAAAGAUGGUUCCAAGGAUUCUUGAAGAGUAUGUUGAAAUGCUGAUUGAACCUCCGAAGGGUACAAAAGACCUCUUCUUUGUUUCUUUCAAUGACAUUGAAAAGAGCAUUGAAUCCUGGAGAUUGUUAGCUUUUGGUGAAAUUGAGAUGAACUUAUCAAACAAUUGCUCUGAGGAAAACUCUGAAAAAGUGUUGGCUGAAUCAGAGAAGGACUACUUUAAGUGGCUUGCAAAAUUGGAAAAGAAACGCGUUGACGAAAGCUGCCACUACUUUAGGAGUGUCGUGCAGAGUCUCCGUGAGGAAAUGAAAACUACCAAAUCCUGGAUGAUAUCUAAGAAAGGGGAGAAGCUAUCAAAUCUUUGGAAGAAAGGUCGAAAGCUGGACUAUCCUGAUCUCUUGUGUGCAUACAACUACAUGGUUGGCACUUUGCUAGAUCUGCCAGAGAAAAGAAAGAAACUUAUGGCUGAGGCUGCAAAGCAGAAGAUGAUUUUGGAAGAGAAUCGGUCUGUUGAAAAGUUGCAAGCUCUGAGAAGCAAGGAUGUCAUUGGCCUCACCACCAAUGGAGCUGCAAGACUGCACUCUUCCCUUAGUGUGCUUGGCUGCGAGACAGUCAUUGUGGAAGAAGCCGCAGAGGUCAUGGAAUCGCAUAUCAUUGCGUCAGUGUCCAGCAAAUGUCAGCACUUGAUCUUGAUUGGUGAUCACAAGCAGCUCAGGCCUAAAAUUUCGGAAUACGCGUUGGAGAAAUACAAAUUUGACGUUUCCCUGUUUGAGAGAAUGGUUGUCAACCGAGAAAGCUGCGUCACACUGCAAGUGCAGCAUAGAAUGGCACCAGAAAUGUCAAACCUUAUUGUGCCAACCAUCUACAAGACUCUGGAGAACCAUGAAAGUGUACAUCAUCUCCCAGAGCUAAGAAGUCUGACGAAAAGGCUCUUCUUUGUUACCCACUCAAAACCAGAAAAAAGAGAAAGAGAAUCCACUAGUAAGACCAACCCCCAUGAAGCCAAAUAUUUGAUUGCUCUGUGUGAUCACCUUUUGAGGCAAGGAUACACACCUGAUCAGAUCACUCUUUUGACUAUGUACAAUGGACAAAUGUGUUUAAUGAAAGAGAUUAUAAGGAACAAGUCUGGAGACAAGUUAAAGUCUGUGAAAGUUACUGUGGUUGAUGACUUUCAAGGUGAAGAGAGUGAAAUUAUUCUCCUCUCCCUUGUUCGAAGCAAUCCCGAAGGCAGGAUUGGCUUCUUGGCAACAGAAAACCGAGUUUGUGUGGCCCUCUCAAGAGCAAAGCACGGCUGCGUGAUUAUUGGCAACAUGGAAAUUCUUUCUGCAAACAGCAAGGUAUGGAAGGCCGUGCGACAGUCACUUGAGGAGCAGGAUGCUCUUGUUUCAGCUUUAACCUUUAGAUGCGAGACCCACCCAGAACACGCUUUUAGUGCAGAGAAUCCAGAAGACUUUGAAAAAUUCGCACCUCAUGGGGGUUGCACCACCUUAUGCAAUGAUCAGCUCCCUUGUGGUCACAAUUGCAAUAGAGUGUGUCACGUGGAGACACCUCACGACAAAAUCAAAUGUCAUGAGCCUUGCACCCGGCUCUGUGAUGCUGGUACUCACAAGUGCAAACUUUUGUGCUACAUCGAGUGUGGCUCAAAUUGCAAAGUGAUUGUAACUAAAGAUCUGCUGUGCCACCACCAAGCGUCAAUGGCAUGUGGCGCGGACGCUGAGAGCUUUAGUUGCCAGCAAAUCGUCACCAAGACAAUACCAUCUUGCCAGCAUGAGGUGGAUGUUGCUUGCUCCUCCGAGGCCUGCCCACUGCCGUGCGAGGCUCAGGUUCCAUGUGGCCACUACUGUGUGAGAAAGUGCCACACUGAUGCUGAUCCAGAUCACCUUGAAUAUCAGUGCAGAAAGCCUUGUGAGAAAAUUGGCAAAAACUGCAGAAUGAACCAUGCAUGUCAAAACCUGUGUUUUGAAGAGUGUGGUUUGUGCAGGAUUAAGGUGAAAUCCACUAAGAGCUGCGGGCACACUUACGAGCUGGAAUGCCACGUGAACCCAGAGGCUGUCCUAUGCAACAAGAUGUGUACGAAAGAGCUUGAGUGUGGGCACAUGUGUCGACGCAAGUGCAUUGCGAGCUGCACCCCAUGCACUGAGCCAGUGGUUAAGGAAAUUGAAUGCGGUCACACAGCGAAGGUUGCGUGCGGCAGAAGCGCCAGUAAAGCCGACUGCACGCAACAGUGCGAGAAACUGCUUGCCUGCGGACACAAGUGCAAGGCCAGAUGUGUGGAAGAGUGCACGGUCAACUGCAGGGAAGUGGUUGGGAUGUCUGUUGGAGACUGUGGCCAUGAGAUCAAAAGAUUCUGCUUUGAGGAGACGAGAGGCAUCAAAGUUGAUGUGAUGAGGUGCACAGCAAAGUGCAGAAAAAUGCUGAUUUGUGGUCAUGUGUGCGGCGGAUCUUGCAGAGGCUGCCAUCAGGGGAGGUUCCAUGAGCCUUGUAGGAAACCUUGUGGCAGGGAUCUCGUAUGCGGGCACAGAUGCAACAAGGACUGCAGUGAACCAUGCAAUUCGUGUAAUCAAAAGAGAAGAGUUACUUGUGACCACACCACUCGGGAAAUCUCCUGUGCCACAAAAAGCACCGUGUGUCAGCUGGAUUCCAAAACAAAGUGCCCUCAUGCAAAGAAGUAUUCUUGCGGAACUGUCAAAGAGUCUCUACUAUGUAAAAAGCCUUGCGCUAAAAAGUUGCCCUGCAAGCAUCAGUGUUUUGGGUUUUGUGGAGCGCAAUGUCCUGAGCUGUGUUGGCAUUGUGACCGAGAGCAUUUACUUAAGUCAUUCCCCAAGAACGCUAAAAUACCCAGACAACCAAGGUUCAUUGUCCUGCCUGACUGUCAACACACCAUUGAAGUAGAAUGCUUGCUUGCUUGGUUCAAGUGGCAAUCUUCAAAUGUGGAAAUUAAGACCUGCCCUCUUUGCACAACACCUGUUUCUGCUCGCAUUGAAAUAUUCAAGAAGAUGAUUUGGGAGCCUCUUGAAGAUUUUGUUAGAAUCAAGGAAUCAAGCCAAAUCAAUGUCAAGGAAAUCACCCCAUUGUUGUUGGAUAAGAUAAAGCUCCUCAAUAAGGAUAAAGUUCAAUUGCGGUCAGUGAAGGACUUGAUUCUGCAACUGAAAUCAAUCUUUGAAUCCGAGCUUCGUGGAAACUCCAAUAAAGGAAGAAUCUUCAACUUUCAUUUUGCCAUGGAGAUUCCUGCACACUCUUUCAAGAUUGAAGUGUUGCAGUUGCUUGUGAACAUACUUUGUGGGAAGAGCGAUCAUGAGUUGGAAAAAGUCGCUCAAGAAGUAAACUUCCUGAUUCAGAGACUGAAAAAAACCAGCGUGGUUUGGAAACAGCAAAUUGCAGACUUUGAAGCAUUGCUUGUGCAUUUAUGUGAAAGUCUUGGAUUUGAAUUUACAGGGGAGCUGAGGAUCAAACUCUCCGAGCCUAAAUCUUUGCUGAAACUACAUUGGCAAAAAUGCUUCAAGUGUAAGUACUUGCAGUUCAGAGAGAAAGGUGCUACACCUAACUGCAAGAAAUGCGCCAAACCCUUUGAUGUGAAGCCCAUCGAGUUUGAGAAGAAUACGUUCUAAAUAGUUCAAACAUUGCUUGUGUUUCUGAUUUUGAUACAUUUCCAUAUUGUAUUUUACAACCUUUUAUGUCACCCAUUUACAAUUCAAUAAAUUAAGCAGUUCUAUAUCAA